CCUCCACCGCCUAAUUGAAUUUUGCUCCGCCGUUAUCCGCCAUGGCCACCGCCCCGCCUCCUCUCAAAAAUGAGCUGGACAUCGUCAUUCCGACGAUCCGAAACCUCGAUUUCCUGGAGAUGUGGAGACCGUUCUUCGAGCCCUACCACCUGAUCAUAGUCCAGGACGGCGAUCCGUCGAAGACAAUCAAGGUUCCCGACGGCUUCGACUACGAGCUCUACAAUCGGAACGACAUUAAUCGCAUCCUCGGUCCGAGAUCUUCCUGCAUCUCCUUCAAGGACUCCGCGUGCCGGUGCUUCGGGUACAUGGUUUCGAAGAAGAAGUACAUCUACACCAUCGACGAUGAUUGCUUCGUCGCAGACGAUCCUUCGGGGAGGAAAAUCAAUGCCCUAGACCAGCACAUUAAGAACCUCCUCUGUCCAUCGACGCCUUAUUUCUUCAACACGCUGUACGAUCCGUACCGCGAGGGCACCGAUUUCGUGCGCGGUUACCCAUUCAGCCUCCGCGAAGGCGUUCCGACUGCAGUCUCCCAUGGCUUGUGGUUGAACAUUCCUGAUUACGAUGCCCCAACACAGCUUGUCAAGCCUGUUGAAAGAAACACCAAGUAUGUGGAUGCAGUUAUGACUAUACCAAAGGGAACACUCUUUCCCAUGUGUGGAAUGAAUUUGGCAUUCGACAGAGACCUCAUCGGGCCGGCAAUGUACUUCGGCCUGAUGGGAGACGGGCAGCCAAUUGGUCGGUACGACGACAUGUGGGCAGGAUGGUGUGUUAAGGUGAUUUGUGAUCAUUUGGGAUUGGGAGUGAAAACAGGGCUGCCAUACAUAUGGCACAGCAAGGCAAGCAAUCCAUUUGUGAAUCUGAAGAAGGAAUACAAAGGGAUCUUCUGGCAAGAAGAGGCGAUCCCAUUUUUCCAGAAUGCGACGCUCUCCAAGGAGUCGACCACCGUGCAGAAAUGCUACGUCGAGCUGGCGAAACAGGUGGAGGAGAAGCUUGGGAAGGUGGAUCCCUACUUUGUGAAGCUUGCGGAUGCGAUGGUGACAUGGAUUGAAGCUUGGGAUCAGAUCAACAGCCCCAAAAGUGAUGCCAAGAAAUGAUGAAUAACAGGUUUUGAAGAGUUGGGUAUGACUUCUUCUUGGUUUAGUUUUCUGAUAUUUUUUUGUUGGAGGGAAUUAUUUGGUUACAAGUUGUGAUCUUGCUUACUGUUUGUUUUAUUAAUCAUUAGGUUGAAUAUUUAUUCUAGUGUAUGAUUUUGUAAUGUGCACUUUCCA